AGCACCCAGAGGAAACGAGAGCACCAGUUCUAGGAACACCUUCUUGUUAUUGUUGGGAGUGCAGAAAAUGCCCUAUGCGGAGAUCACUGUGAAUCUCGGCAAAGUGACGUUGGGAGAAGAGAACCGGAAGGAGAUGACCAACAGUUGUUUGAAAAGGCACGAGAAUUCGAGUAUCAUCCAGGCUGUAUGCGCACUGCUGAAUUCUGGGGGAGGUGUGAUCAAAGCCGAGAUCCAAGACAAAAGCUAUAGUUACAGAUGCCACGGCCUGGGGCAGGAUUUGGAAACUUCCUUUCAAAAGCUCCUCCCAUCGGGUUCACAGAAGCACCUCGACUACAUGCAACAGAACCACGAUCUCCUGAUUUUUGUGAAGUCAUGGAGCCCAGAUGCCUCCAGCCUUCCACUGAAGAUCUGCAGCUUACGCUCCAAUUUAUAUCAGAGAGCUGUGACCUCUGCAAUCAACUUGUGUGCCACCAGUGCCCUAGAGCUUCUCAGAGAGAAAGAGUCUAGAGCCCAAAGAGGUUCCCCUAGGUUGCAUUCUCAAGACCACAUCCUCAGCAGAACCAUUCAGGAAGAGGAAGAUAUUAAGAUGUGUGCCUUGGAAUUUUUUACAAAAGAUAAACUCAAUUAUAAGGAGAAGCUUAGCUUCACAGAGUCAACACAUGUUGAGUUCAAAAGGUUUACCACCAAAAAGAUUGUCCCUCGGAUUAAAGAGACACUGGCUCACUAUGUUUCUGCAUUUGCCAAUACUCAGGGGGGAUACCUAAUCAUUGGGGUUGAUGAUAAGAGCAAAGAAGUGUUUGGAUGUAAGAAAGAAAAGGUGAACCCCGACUCACUAAAAACUGAAAUAAAAAACUGCAUAGAAAAGUUGCCCACAUACCACUUCUGUCGUGAAAAGCCCAAGGUGAAUUUCACAACCAAAAUUUUGAAAGUUUACCAAAAAGAGGCUCUGUAUGGUUUUGUCUGUGUGGUUCAAGUAGAGCCCUUCUGUUGUGUCGUGUUUGCAGAGGACCCUGAUUCCUGGAUCAUGGAGAACAAUAUUGUCACAAGGCUGAAGGUUCCACAAUGGGUAGAAAUGAUGCUGGCUACUCAGUCAGAUCCUUUCAGCUUUCCCGCCACCAGUGACAGCGUUCACCUGAUGUCACCAGCUCUGUCUGCACCAAGAAGGCCAGCGUAUCUCACAAAAGUCCUGGGAUAUAAGGAGACCCUGCAGCACCAUUUCUUCCCAGUGACACAGGGAAACCUACAGUUUCAGCCAGAAUCCCUCUGUAAGAAGCUGUUCUCAGAUCAUCAAGGGCUGGAAGACUUACUGAAGGCACACACACACCCUUGUUCUCAUGGAAUUGUGAUAUUGUCGAGAAGCUGGGCUGGCGAUAUUGGUUUAUCCAGAGAAGAGGAGGUCUUAUGUGAUGCUCUCCUGGUAGCAGUCGGCAGCCCUCUGGUGCUCUAUACAAUCCUGACAGACCCCAGUUGGAUUGGAAGAUCAGACUAUACUCAAAACACUGCCCUUCAGUUAAAGAGGAAGCUACAAACCCUUGGAGGCUACACAGGCAAAGUAUGUGUCAUUCCAAGGGUGAUAUACCUGACCAGCAGAGGGUCUGGACCUGAUCAGUCCCCUGUGUACUACCCCCGUCCCUACAUGCUGUCCAGCAGAGCUGAAGUGGAGAAUUUGCUACAGGGCCUGGUGCUGGUCUUACUGUGCUCCAGAUCUGUGCUGAGUGACCAGCUGGGCUGUGAGUUCUUCAAGCAGUGCAUAGAAGAGCAAGCCAAUGCCCUCUCCAGGAACCUCCAGGAAACCCGGGAACUGUUCAUCCACUGCCUCCCGGGAACCAGGAAGACAGCUCUUGCCAUAAAGAUGGUGGAAAAAAUUAAGGAUGUGUUCCACUGCAAACCAAAAGAGAUCCUCUAUGUUUGUGAAAAUGACUCCCUAAGGGAUUUUGUGAUGCAACAAGCCACCUGCCGAGCUGUGACCCGGAGAACCUUCAUGAGGGAAGAGUUCCCAAAGAUUAAACACAUAGUGAUGGAUGAAACUGAGAAUUUCUGCAGUAGACAUGGUGACUGGUACAGGAAGGCUAAGAGCACCACCCAUCCAAAAGCAAACAAGGCUGCAAAUGAACGCCUUCACCACGGGAUACUCUGGCUUUUUCUGGAUCCUUUCCAAAUCCGGCACGCAGAUGUUAGUGGCCUUCCAGCUCCUUCCGCUCGGUUUCCUCGAAAAAUGAUCACCAAUGAGAUCCAUUGUGCUGUGGAAAUUGCUAAGGUCCUGAAAGGUGAAAUGAAGAGGAUGCAAGAAAACCCUGCCUCCAGCGGCUCUCCAGACACCCUGGCAAUGUUCCAAGACGCUCCCUACGAGGAAGCGAUGUGUGCUCGGGCUCUGCCUGGCGUGUGUGAGAUCAGGGCUAACUUGACACCAGAACAAAUAGCCAACUAUGUGGCAGAAAAAUGUCACAGCCUGUUCCGCGAGGGCUAUCUGCCCCAAGACAUAGCAAUUCUGUACAGGAGACGGGAAGACAGAGGGCAGUAUAGGGAUGUGUUGCUAAGAGCAAUGGCCCAUGGGACAACGGAGGUCACCUUCAAUAGCGCUGCUGAUGUUUGCGCUGAUGGCAUCAUUUUAGACAGUGUCGAGCAGUUCUCAGGCAUGGUAAGGAAUAUUGUGUUUGGGCUUAGUCCCGAAUCUGUGCACUCAGAAGGCAUUCAUAAACUCUGCUUUGCCUCAAGAGCCAUUAAACACCUCUACUUGCUGUAUGGAGGGAGGACAACUUUCUGAAACUAUUAUAAAUAAUACAGGAAGCCAAACAAGAACACUCUCCUCCCAAAUCGACGGUAGCUCCUUUUUAAUAUUUCAAGUGAAUGAAUGAAGGCAGAUCGUUAUGGCCUGGAGCUGCAGAGAUGUGUUUUGGGAAUGGGUCACCCCACUCGCUGCGGCUGAACCCUUUGCUCAAUCCACUUCUUUUUCCCAGUGGCAAGAUAAGUAUGAUGGAUUGAUUCUCUGCCUCCAAUUUUCCCAUCUCAAUCCAGCUUUCAUUCUGUCACCCAAAGAGCCUAAACCAGAAUGCCAAUUUUGUGAAAUUCUUUUCUCCAGGGAGUUCCUGCAGCCCUCGGACAGGAUCUGUUUCUGAGGAUCUCCAUUGUAUUUACUUCCUCUCCUGACCCCAUCCUUGAUCGCGCCUCUGACUCCCAGCAUUUCUAAUGUAUUCCCUGAUCAUUAGCUGUUUUGGGAGUGAUGGUAGGACAUCCU